AUGGACGCCGCGUGCGCGUGCCCCGUCUGCGAGCAGGUCGGCACCGUCCAGUGGCUCGCAGAGGCGUGUGCGUACGUGUGCUGUGCAUGCGCGGCGAUCGUCGCGGAGGCGCCCCUCGACGCACCGGACGCCCCCGGCGCGCUGCCCCCGUCGCCCGCCCGCCCGUACAGCUCGCGGCGCUGGCCGCUCGCGUACGACCGGGAGCACGCACGCGCCGAGUCGGACCGGCGGCGCCACGCGGAGAUGCGCGCGAUGCUGCAGGGCGCGUGUCUGCGCCUCGGGUGGGAGCACGCAGCCACAGGAGCGUGCGCCCUCUUUGAGCGCGCGCAUGCGGCGCUGGCGCCGCAGCGCGCACAUACCCGGUGGGGCGCGUGGGCCGCGGCUCUCGCGGCGGCGUGCCUCUAUGCCACGCUGCGCGAGGCGGGGUACAUUGUGGAUGUGGCCGCGGUCGCCGCAGCGACCGAUCAGCCGCUCGCGGCGGUCGCCCACGCAUGCGGAGAGCUGGGCCGCGAGCCGCGCCUGCCGCGCGUGCCCGUCAAGGACCCGGGGCUGUACUGGCGGCGGUACACCGAGUACCUCGAGCGGCAUCCUCCUGCGGCGCUCGCGUCUCUGCGGCGCGCGAUACCCUGGCCCGACGUGCGUGCAGGGACCGAGCAGCUGUACAGGCUGUGCACGCGGUACCAGUGGGCGAGCCUCGAUGCGCAGCCAUUUGCGUACGCCAUGGUCAUGCACGCGAUGGAGGGCGCACUGCAGCGCGCGCUCCCGGUACGUGCGCUCGCCGACGCGGCGCCGCCUGCGAUGGCAUGGAGCGGCGGCGACGGAUGGCUCCUGGGCCCGCCGCGCGGGUCCGUCGCGUCGGUCCUGGCGCGCUACGCGGAGCUGCACAAGAUGCUGGCUCAACACGUGCAGUCUCUUCCCUGGGUCGCCGCGCGGCCCGUCACGAAGAAGGAGCGCGAUCGCGCACGGCACCAGGCGCCAGGCACGCCGCGCAGUGUGUCGCGAGCAGAGGUGGCUCGGUACAUGGGGGACGCGGUGCAGAUGGCGGCGCAGGCGCCCGAGCCCGCAUCGCGUCCGUCGUGGACGCACCUGUAUGGACGGGCCGAGCCGCCGCGGCCGGCGGCCCCAGGCGCCCCGGGGCCGUCGAUGGCCGCGCGCUUGGGCCUCGCUGCGCCGCAGAUCGAUGCGCUGAGCGAGGCGCAGGUGGAUGCGUGCCUGUUUGAGCCGGACGAGCUAUCGACCUAUCUGCGCACGCCCGACGAGCAGGCGCGCUGGGCGCGCCUCAAGGGCUGGGACGGGGCGCCCGCGGUGCGCGCAGGGCCGCCCGAUGCGCCGGCGCCGAAGCGGCCGCGCCUGGCGCUCGACAAGGCGCACCUGACGCGGCCGCUCGACCUGGCGCAGCAGACGGACGGGGCAGCGGACUGGGACGAGCUCGGCUAG